CAUUUGGAAACUCGGGCACUGCCCGAGGGCCCGGUGUCAGUAAGGGGCCCCAUGAGAUGCCCCUGGUACCUUUUUCAUAGGCUUUUUUGGGUGUGCUUUGAGUGUGGGCAAGGACACAGGGGCCCCAUGAUCCCUUAUUGCCCGGGGGCCCCAUGAGUUGUCAGUCCGCCCCUGACUGACACAUAUAUGUAGCAUUAUAUUAUAUAUUUUAUUUGAAACCUUUUUUUUUAACACCUUUAAAGUGAUUCAAA